UCUCCACACUCCCGUGUGUCAACGCGGGGAAGAUGGCGGCUGUUCUGGAGAGGAGCUUUUUAGAGAUAUGCGGGUUUGAGAGAGAAACGGUACAGCGGUUCCGGGACAUUACAGUAAACCCAGGAGUGAAUUCUCUUCCAGGAGGGGUGAAAUACCCAGACAGUGCUGGUGGAUUCUACUAUGAAGAAAGUGGCAAGCUCUUAUCAGUUACGAGCCACCGGUUCAUACACUGGACCACAUCUGGGGACACGCUGCAGCUGGUGGAGCAAUCCCUGGACACCAACCUGCUGAACAACGCUGUCAGGCUGAGGAUCGUGAACUGCAACCUGCUCCCCGGUGGAGUACAUCUGCAGGAGACGCACAGUCAUGUGAUCAUUCUCAUAGUGACCAAUCAGAGUGUGCACAGGCUGGUGCUGCCUCACCCAUCGCGGAUGUACAGGAGUGAGCUGGUUACGGAGACGCAGAUGCAGUCUAUAUUCACUGACAUCGGAAAGGUGGACUUCAGAGAUCCUCAGAACAGUUACGUGAUUCCCUCCGUCCCGGGGCAGUUCCCGAACUCCACAGCGUCCACAGCGUGGCUCAGCAGUGAGGGAGAGGCUCUGUUUGCUCUGCCGUCGACCUCAGGAGGCAUGCUGAUCAUCAAACUACCUCCACAUGACGUGCAAGGCAGUGUUUCUAUUCUGGAGCUGAAGCAGAGCUCUGUAAUGCAGAGAUUUCUCACCGGUUGGAUGCCAACAGCAAUAAGAGGAGACCAGGGCCCGUCAGAUCUUCCCCUCAGUCUUGCGGUUCGGCAGCUGGAAAACGAUGCUUUUAUAUUCGCUCUGUGCCAGGAUCACAAACUACGAAUGUGGUCAUACAAAGACCAGAUGUGCCUGAUGGUGGCUGACAUGAUGGAGUACAUGCCGGUGAACAGGGAUGUGAAGCACUCUGCUGGGCAGGGACACAAGCUCAGGCUGUCCUUCUCCCCCUCAACGGGGCUCUGCCUUGGGGUCUAUCUCGCCGUUCCAAAGAGAGGACAGUUCUGUGUUUUCCAGUUGGUCAGUACAGAGAGUAACAGAUACAGCCUGGAUCACAUCUCCUCACUGUUUGCGACACAGGAGACUUUGAUUGAUUUUUCAUUGACUUCCACUGAUGUCUGGGCUCUCUGGCAAGACGAUGAAAACCAGACUAUUGUCAAAUACAUCAACUUCGAACAUAAUCAGGCUGCACAGUGGAACCAGGUUUUUGUUCAGCCUCCACCAGCAGAAGAAGUUAUUGUUGGGGAAGAAUAUGAUCCCAGGGAAGCCUACCUGGAAAGCCUCUUCUCUCCAUCACAAUUUACAACAACUGCUCUUGUUAAAGCUCUGCAGAUCUAUCGUCGAGGUGGGGAGAAAAUUCUGGAUCUGUCCUGGGAAGCUCUGAAGAUGGAGGUGACGGUCGCUGUAGAAAACGAGCUCCAGGGCAGUGUGACCGAGUAUGAGUUUUCCCAGGAGGAGUAUCGGCAGUUACAGGUGGAGUUCUGGUCCAAGUUCUACGCCUGCUGUCUACAGUACCAGGAGGCACUGUCCAGCCCCCUUGCCCUGCAUGUCAACCCCCGCACAGCUAUGGUGUGUCUGCUCAAAAAGGGAUACAUCUCCUUCCUGAUUCCCUGUUUUGCUGUGGAUCACCUGUACCUGUGCUCUGAGGGCCACUUGUCCAAUGAGGAGGAGGAGACACCUGUCACUGAUGAUCCCGAUGCUGCUCGGGAUGUCCUGAAGCUGGUGCAGUGUCUGCGUCUGCUCCGUGAGUCCAUCACUGAAGAGAUGGCCUGUGUGAUGGAGAAAGCGCUGGAGCACAUGCAGUCACCGGAGAGAGCGGCCGAACAGGUCCUGGAGUGUCUCCUCGGCAGUGAACAUGACAAUGGGAUUGAAGACGUUCAGAAUAAGAUGCAGGCUAUCCAAAACCCUGUGAAUGCCAUGACUAUUCUUCUCCGGGAGAUGAAUUAUGAAAUUGAGACACCGAUGGAGGACAAUCUGGGUGCAGUUCAGCCUCUGAGUGUGCGGAUGGGUCUGUCCCAGCUCUUUGGAAGCAGUGCUGCAGUUCAUCUCGUGGGCCAGGCUGUGUGUCAGAAUGCCAUGACGCGCUUUCUGCUCUGCCGGGACCUGCUCAUCCUACAGCAGCUCUAUCUGCACCUGGGUAGAGAGGUCUAUUUUGGAGGUGACGGGCAGCUCUAUCAGCUACAACAGGACCUGGUUUCUCGAACGUCGCAUUGUCUGUGCUCCUAUUACCUGGUCAGGUGGGCAAGCAGGUGUCUGUCCACAGCAGUGCCGAUGGACACCCUAGAGGCCAACCUGCAGCAUCUCUCAGUGUUGGAUAUGUCUGAUUCUCCUGCUCUGACUCCAAAUAAAUCAGUGUCAAGUCCCCAGACUGUGGUGGAGUUAUUUUUCCAAACCGUGGCCAGGAAACGCAUCAUCUACCAGAUAUAUGCUCAGCCAGACACACCGCUGACCCACGCCGUCUUGAACUGGUCGCAGUUAAUUGCAGCAAUCUCUGUCUACCUCUUGCAGCACUUGUGGCCCAGUAACCCAGGUUUUCUGUUCCUAGAGUGCAUGAUGGGAAAUUGCCAGUACACACAACUCCAGGAACACAUUCGUCUGGUCAGUCCAUGGUGCCAGGUGAAUGUGGGGUCUUGCAGGUUUGUGCUGGGACAGUGCUAUUUGGCCACAGGGGAAGGUCACAAGGCGCUGCAGUGUUUCCAGGAGGCAGCAACAGAGGUUGGGAAGGAGGAGUUUCUGGACAGGCUGAUUGGCGGCUCGGAUGAUGAGGAGGCAGCUUCAGCUCCCCGGCUGCAGUAUUACAACAAGGUUCUGAGGUUGCUGGAAGAUGUUGGGUUACCUGAACUUGUCAUUCAGUUGUCAACGAUGGCAAUUUCCGAAGCUACCGACGUGCGAAGCCAGGCUGCCCUCCAAACCCGUAUUUUUAAACACCAUCUUGACCUCGGACACAACAAACAGGCGUAUGAGGCGCUGACCCAGAAUCCAGACCCCUGCAGGCAGCUGGACUGUCUGCGACAGCUGGUUGUGGUGCUGUGUGAACGCUCUCAGCUUCAUGACUUGGUUGAGUUCCCUUACGUCAACCUGCAUGAUGAGGUGGUUACUAUCAUUGAGUCCAGAGCUCGGGCGGUUGACCUGAUGACUCACAAUUACUACGAGCUGCUGUAUGCUUUUCACAUCAACCGGCACAACUACAGAAAAGCCGGGACAGUGAUGUUCGAGUACGGGAUGCGCCUCGGGAGGGAGGUCCGAACUCUCAACGGUCUGCAGAAACAGGUCAACUGUUACCUUUGUGCCUUGAACUGCUUGAGGCUCAUCAGACCAGAGUAUGCAUGGAUAGUGCAGCCGGCGUCUGGAGGAGUGUAUGAGCGCCCAGGUGCAUCACCAAAGAGAAACUACGAUGGCGAGUGUGCUGCAAACCCAGCCAACCGUCAGAUUGAAAUCCUGGAGCUGAAGGAUUUGGAGAAGGAAUACAUUCUGGCUCGGAACCGCAUGACCCUCGCGCAACACGACCCUAAUUUGGCUGCCAUCGCAGGAAAUGCCUCUGCAGUGGAGAUGGUGGCCCUGUUGGUUCAGGCUGGUCUGUUUGACACUGCCCUGUCCCUCUGCCAGACGUUUAAACUCUCCCUGCCCCCUGUUUUUGAGGGACUGGCCUUCAAGUGCAUUAAGUUGCAGUAUGGUGGAGAGGCCAUUCAAUCUGAAGCCUGGGACUGGCUAGCUGCAAAUCAACUCUCAUCGGUUAUAUCUACCAAAGAAUCAAGUGCAACUGAUGAGGCAUGGCGCCUGCUGUCUUCUUACCUUCAGCGCUACAAGUGUCAGAACGGCCAGUACCAUCGCUGUGUCAUAAACAAGCUGCUCUCUCACGGAGUGCCAAUACCAAACUGGCUUGUUAACUGUUACAAGGAAAUUGAUGCUGCUGGCCUGCUCCGUCUUUACUUGAACUAUGACCUCCUAGAAGAAGCAGCAGAGCUGGUGCUUGAAUUUGUGGAUGCCUUGCUGGGGAAGGGACACCAGUACUUUGGAAUUGAAAGACCCCUGUCGGCCACAGCUCCAUUGGUUUGGCUUCCUUACUUGGCCAUUGAUCAGCUGCUGCAGGCACUUGGAGAGAAUCAGUCUAAUGUCAACAAUGCUGUGCUUUACCAGAAGUUGCAAGACAAGCUGGCAUUGUACUACAAGCAUGUGAGCCAGGCUACCAUCAGGCGGCAGCAGAAUGCCUAAACCGCUACUGGAUUGUACAGCCAAGCCUGCUCUACAAAGCACUGCCUUGUUGAAGACUUGUUCGUGCUGCUCAUUUACUUAAUGAUUUAUUAAAAAGAAUGCAAAAUUGACAAAACUAAAUGUAUUUUUCUAUCAAUAUCAGGAAAUCAGUUCAUAAUAUUUAUGUGUAUGCAAAAGUUUUGAGGGCAAUCUUUUAUUUUUAAGACUAGUGAUAAAAACAUUUGGCAGAACUUCUUGGCAUAGUUUUGCAAAACUUUUAAUGUUAUGGUAAUGUGGCCUGUUAGACUGGUACUCAUUAAAGUACUAUACCUACAGGGAUAUGUCAGAUUGCCCUUUAUGGUCACACAAGAGGAAAGAGGACAGUAUUUUUCUUUAAAGAACAGUCACUGUUUUGUCGUCCGUCCCUCCCCCCCAGUAUGGAUUUUUGAUUUAAUUGCCUUCUGAUUGCAUCCUUGUCUUUUCUACUCCAAAAGUAAGCUUAAGAAUGACCACCUUUGUCUUUCUAUUGUUUCUUUUGUACAGCAUUGCUUGUUUUCUUCAACUGAAAUUUGUACUGACCUUUUUAAAGUGUGACCUGCAAAGCAAAAUAUGUGGAUUUUUACAAUUUGUUUCUUUGUUAAAUAUUAAAUGUACAUAUAAUAAAAGCAAAAAAAAAAAAA